UUCCCGUCUGCUCUUGACCAACCGCCGCUUGGGCGCUCUUUGGAUCUUCGCGUGUCCUGGCUUGAUGGGAGCGGGAAAUAGCCACGAGGCAUGUGGACGGCCGCCUCCGCUACCUCGUCGGUUGGACGGACGCUGGGGUCGCAUCUCGAUGGAACAGCUCUUCGACGACGCGUUCCUGGCCAAGCAAGCCCGUCGCACGGCAUUCCUCACCUUGCAGCCAACAGCGUCGGCAUCCACGCAGCGCCGGUUGCUCCUCCAAACGUCCGACUUUCAAGACCCGCUGCGGCCGUCGACGACAAUACAGGCAACCUCGUUCGCCGCCGGUAACGACGACGACACAGACGAAGUCACGUCCGUGUUGGCAGAAACUAUCAUGGCGCUCGUGAACCACGACUCGACGGGCUUGGCCAGGUACUCGAUCCACCGACUGCGAGAUUCGCUCGUCCGCCACUGCGAUGUGUCCGACCCCUUUGCAAACAAGGUGAACUUGCAACUGUACUUACUGCAUGGCAUGCAUGCCGCGCUGACCGCACGCGCACGUGUUCCUCCCAGUUCGACCAGUCCUUUGCCUGCCGACAAAAGCGGCUUCCCUGCAUCACUACUCUCGUCGCACGAAGCCGCUCUUGGCGUCCACGUGUUUCUUCAUCUUGUCCACUCCGUGCUCGGUGCUGCCACGGACCACGACAGACUGGACGUUCGCCAAGAAUUUCUUGCGGAUCUCGUCCCGCUCUUACAGCAACUCGACCCGCUUUCCCUCGCCCCCACGACUGUCUCGAACUUGUCCAUGGCUGCUGCCAUGCCGAAAGGUGUCCACGCUGUCCCGGACGUUGUCGACACGUUGCAGGAGUUUCUGCUCGACUUUUGCGACGAUGGUUCCGGUGGCGACGUCGCCAUGAAUGCACUUCUUCGCUUGGCGGUGGCGCGUGGCGCCGCCAGCACUUUGCUGCAGGCGGUACAGGUCUUGCUGGGCGCGACAUCGUCCUCGCCGUCGACCCGUCUUGGCCAGGACGUCGCUGGCGACCUGGAGUCCCCUGCCAAGCCAGCUGCUCCGCGACCGUACGGGGCAAAACAUCCGCCGACUCCAACAGCCAAGCAAGGUGGUGGCUCGGUGCUGUUGAACCGCGGUGAUCCUCCUGGUGAAGACGUAGUCGUUUUGCUCAAGAAGAAGCCCAAGCCGCCAUCGUCGUCGUCGACUGCCGUGGCCACGACGUCGUCUGCGUCGAUGCCACCGUUGCACCACCACCAUCAACACCCAGUCAUCCACCCGUUCGCCCCAAACAAGAACAAUUGCGACAGCUCGAAAGCGUCGGCUCCCGUUCGCCCCGCUAUGCCGGCGACGCGGCAUUUUCCCGCCGUGGACAUUCGUCCUGUCGUUGUCGCGCUCUCUGCCGUGCCGGAUGCGUCGUCGCCACAUGAUGUCGAGUGGACUCGCGCGUGCGAUGACGACGACGACGACGAAGAGCGUGAAGUGUGGAGCUGCGGACAAAACUCGUACGGCGAACUCUCGCACGGGGACACAGCUCCACGCAAAUCGUUUGACCGCGUCGAAGCUCUCCAGGGCAAAUCGAUCGUCCACGUGUGCGCUGGCAACGAACACACGGUAGCUCUGGCCGCCGAUGGCAGUGUGUACACGUGUGGGUACAACGAUAAUGGCCAGUGCGGCCAUGGCGUAACCACGCGGCUGCCAACCAUGACGGAGGUGGCCAAGUGGCCCGACGCUUCGUUUGAACGCCAUGUCGGGCAAAUUCAUGCGUACAACGGGUGCGAGCACACGGUUGUGGUCGCUCACGACGGCAGCGUCGCGAGCUUUGGGUACAAUUAUCGCGGCCAACUGGGCCAUGGCACCACCACGAGCGAGAGCCUGCCCAAGCGCAUUCGAGGGCUCGACACGCGCCGUGUCACGAUGGUGUCGUGCAGCUACUACCACACGAUUUUGAGCUGCGCCGCGACGACGGGAGGACACCUGACAGAAGUGUAUUCGUUUGGCCGCAACGACUACGGCCAGUUGGGGCACAGCGACACACUAGAUCGACGGGUGCCGACCCUCGUCGAGUCGCUCUCCAACAUUCCGCUCGUGGCCUUGGCGUGUGGACAGUACCACAGCGUCGUGGCCACCACGGCGAACGCUGUCCUCGCGUUUGGCAAGAACGACUACGGCCAACUGGGACUGGAAGCGCUGGACAACCAAGUCGUUCCUGCGGCUGUUGGCGCCGAUUUGUGGGGACAUGAAGCCAUCGUGGACGUGCGGUGCGGGUACUACCACUCGAUCGUGCUCUGCCGUGGUGGCCGCGUGUACGGGUUUGGCAGGAACGACUAUGGUCAAUUGGGUGUCGGCGAUGCCGGUGUCCACAUGAACCAGCGCAUCGCGACGCCCACGGUUCUGACCGACCUGGAAGGGAAAGAGAUUGUGCGAAUAGCGUGUGGCUGCUAUCACACCGUCGCGGUGGCCGAGAGCGGCAUGUUGUAUGUGUUUGGUCGCAACAACCACGGGCAAUUAGGCACGGGCGACACGACGGAGCGGCUAACCCCUUGCGCCGUCGACACGUUUGUGGGAAAACGGGUCGCUGUCGUCGCGGCAGGGUUCUACCACACUGUGGUGCUCACUGGGGGCAAAGAUCUCGACGACACACCACCACCGCUGCCGCCCGAUUCGACCGCCGUCAAGGCAGCACGUGAUCAGGAUGACAGCAUGUGGACAUCGCAAGCGAUGCUGGACGUUCUGACUCGAAAGAAACGAACGAUGCAACGAAAAACGUUAUCGUUGGACCCGACCGUCGACGACGAAGACGACGACCAAGCGGUCGCGCCGCCCCAGCCAUCCAAUUCAGUGGACGCCGCCGUGUGUGUCCUGGCGCAUCUCGAUCGCCUUUGCCGACCGUUCAUUCCAUCGAAGGGAAGUUACCCCGUGCUGCGACCGGACAAGCCCAAAAGGAGCAGCCCGGACCAGUCCGUCAGCAAGUCGACUCCUUCCACGACACCAAUCGUUCGUGUGGAAAGCGGAUACCGUCCAUAUUGCGUCGACAUGCAAUCGGCAACGUUCGACUCUCUCAGCUACAUCCUCGAUCACUUUUUCCAACCACCUGCGCCAUCAUCCAAGACAACGGCAGCCGACGCAGCGCACGACAGCCACGUGUACGUGGUGCUCGCAGCACUGCGAUUAGUGCAAGCCAAUGUGGCGCAUCUCCUGAAAAGUGGCGUCGGGGCCGCGAUCGUGAUGUCAUCCGCGACGCCCUCCGAGUUGGGCGGUCCGCUCCAUCCACUGGACGGUCCCCUCAAACGGCUGCAUCGCAUGUUGGUCGAAUGGAUCAACGAACCCAGGUGGCUCCAAGCGGACACCGACUACCAUACCGUGCGGAAUGUAGUCGAACGAGAAGCCGUUGAAGCCUUGUUGCUCGGGCUCGAGCUCUUUUACCCUUGUCCAGCUAGCCAAAUGCACCUGAUUGUGUCCAUGUUGAAAGCCGAUGCGGUCGGAGGUGCGUCGCCGCCGUCGCCGAUACCUUGUCCGACUUGCCACACCCACGACAUCGUGGUGCCGAAGCCUCGCAAAGUUAUCGUCGAGCCCUUGCUUCGUCGCAUGGCCGACGACAACCUGUUGGUGCACUUUUUGCGCCAGCCCAUGAACGACACAAACCACAACGCCGUCACCGCCAAAGGCCUGAUGUCGAUGCUGCUGGAGAAAAUCGCCGCCACCACGGACGACUUGCUCGUGGGCAAGGCAUUGCAACUCGACGUGCCGGCGCUGCGGCCGUAUGUGGUGCUCCUCAAUGCCAUGCAAAAACAAUUGGCGAGUUGGGCGGGGGACGCAACCACGUGGCACGUCCACGUGGUUGAACCGUCUGGUGGCUGCCAGCAACCGCCCCUGGUGCAGCACGACGACGACUUGCCGCUGUCAUGGCGGUGGUUCCUUGACUACGCCGCCGCGGUGUUUGACCAUGCGGCGGACAACCUCCAUGCAACUGCCCCACUCACUGCGGACGACGGAUUUCUUGACGGAAGUUUGAACGUGCUGGAAGCGUCCAUCGUGGGCUCGAUCGUCCCGUCGCUCGCGACUACGUUGCUCCUGUUCCACCACGUUGCCCCGUUUGCAAGAACGCUGCUACCCAAUGUCCAGCAGGUUUUGCGCCUCGUGGACGGGUUGAAUUCGUAUAUUCCAGCGGCAAAACUCGCCAACGCCAACCUCCUUCGCACGAACGACACCGCGGACAGCAGCGUUGCAACACCAUGGCACGUUACGCUGGAACGACUCCUCGUUCAACUUGCGUCCGAGAUGGCGGCCACGUUGGUCGUUGGCGAUCCAUUGCACGAAUGCCCCACGACGGCGGGUUUGCCCAAGUCGUCUACUGUCGACGCUGUGUCCAGGUGGCGCCAACUGCUACGAGGAGGGCUCGAAGCCCAAACGCUGAGCACAUGCCGCGUCGUUCCGCACGCCACAGCACGAUCGUUGGCUUCGACGGAAGCGACGUGUGCAUCGUCUCUGCUCCCCUUGCCCCCGCGGUCACCUGUGCCAUCUCACGUGGCGCCGUUGACUGCCGCGAAUUUCGUCGCUCUUUGCAGCUGGGUGCGCUCGGUGUACGCUUCCCAAGAUGCGUCGUAUCGAUUUGUUAUCAAGACUUCGCGCGGCAACGUUGACGAGAUCGAACAAGCGGUGUACCGCGCCAUCCUAAAACACACUGGUCAUGACGGCGACGCCGGGUUGUGGGCUGCUGCUGCGGCGGCGGGAUCGACAGCAAAGCGAUCCCCGCCACAGAUCUUGGUGGCGCCGUGGGCGUUGGUGGCAGACUGCACGCGGACAUUAGCGAUGCUGAAGAACACGUGGCAAAAUCAACACUCGGCCGACGACGACAGCGGCACUGCCGUGGACCGCGGCGCGCGGUUUCGGCACGAAGUGCUCAAGCGCUGCGCGUUUCUGCUGGAUGUUGUCGCGGCUCCACCGGAAAACUCGGCCGCAUGGACUCCCGACGACCUUGGUGGGGUUGCACUCCCGUCCGACCCCCUUCCCGAGCCAUCCCACAUGCCCCACGCGGUCUGGCAGCGUCGUGCCAAGGCCGUCCGCCAGGCGAUUGCCACAGGUUGCUCGAUUCCGUUUGUCGCUCGAUGUCCCCCGUCGACGUGGAAGCGUUUUCGCAUGCUUUUCCACGUCACGGUGCGGUGGCGGCGCAUUGUGGCGACGGCCCGCCACCAAUCUUGCCCCGCUUGGCUCGGACAGAUCGUGUCGUUUGUCCUGGACACGUCAGACAGCGUCGACGUGGACGACUUGCGACGAGAACUAGUUCGGAGAUGUCGCCGGGCCAACUCGCGGGCGCUGGGGCUGCACACGUUUGGGGACUUGAUCACGUUUACGUCGCACAUGCGCGCUAUGCACACGCCAGUCCUGAAUCGGCUCGGGACAGCGUUACGCCAACGCCUGGACGGCCGCGUCUUGCAUGGACUGGAUGGCGUUGGUGCGUUCUACAGCGGUCGCGUCCUGGCCGCGUUUGCCACGAUGCUGUCGACCGUUGCUUCGAUGGUGUCCGCAUGCGAUGGCACCCACGGCCCUCGGAUGCUGGCGGCACUGCAGUGUUGGGGCUUUGUGGUCGAGCCAGAGCUGUACGCCGUCGUCGACGACAUUCAAAUCGUGUCGGUGUUGAAACAAAUGGUUGUUCUCGCCAAGAACGAAGACAACGUCGACGAACGUGAUGUGGCCGUGCGGGGGGCAACUUGGGCGGCAUUUCGAUACCUCGUUUCCAGUGGCAGUGCCCAACAUGCCAAUGCAUCGACCGUGUUGGUUCCGAGGCAGCCUCAGUGGAAGCGUGUGCUGGAUGCUCUGUACGCCGCGCUCUUGUGGAGCACGAAUGCCAUCCUGCACGACACAACGCGACCCCCGUCAGAAGCGUCGUCGUCGCUAGUUCUGCGCACCACACGAACGUUCGCCGCAUUGGAUCGCAGCACUGUUGUCCCAGUCACUCUCUCGUCCGCGUUCACCGUGCAGUUUUGGUUGAACAUUACAAAACCGCCCGACCCUGGAGCGAGAGGGAUGGUCGUGACCAUGGGAAGCCACCCCAAGGAGUGGGUUCCAUAUUGUAGCAUUGGAGACGGAAGCCAUCGAAACAGCGGCGCGACGGAGGUGGAGUUGGAAGUUGGUCUGCGGCAGCAUUCGUUCCAAGAAUGUGUUCAGCAUGUCGUGGCAUGCCAACGAUGGCUGGCUGUCGCAAUUGUGUACGAUGCCACCGCCCUCCACCUCUUUGUGAAUGGGGAAGUCGUGUGUGUGAAAUCCAUCUCGUCGCUGCACUUGGUGGACGCGCCAACGCCUGCCACGUUGACCAUGGGGAAGCCCAGCCUUCAGUUGGACACCGCAUGGCCAUGUACUGGCUUUGACGGGUGCCUCGCCCACCUCCACGUUCACCAAGACGCGCGCACACCAGUGGACAUUGCCGCAGAUUUUGCUCACGGGCCACCCAACGCGUUGAUGGACCGGUGCUGCUAUCAACUUGGGAUUGUCAGCUUGCUUCUGGCACAUUCGAGCGAAGGCGUUGCCGAGCUCACGUCCCCGAAAUGGCUCGAUGUGUGUUUUUCCCUCCUCGAGGCUGCCAGCACGUCCAUCUCGUUUCGCAUCCAGCAGCUUGUCCUUCGUCUGCUCAAGCGGUUGCUUCCGUACGUCGACCCGGCCGCAACGCCUCGUUUCGGAUCGAACAAGGACAUUCCGUUGAUCCCGUACUGGAUGCAACGAAUUGGACGGUCGGUGGUCGCCGUGGCAACCUCGACGUCGUCCUCGGUCGCUGCGACCACAGCCCAUUCCUCGCAGCAAGGGCAUGUCGCACUGGAACUCAGCCACGUCGUCAUGCACUUGGCCACCGUUCCAACAUGGAUGGCGACCAUCCAAGCUGCACUCGAAGCUGGCCUGGAAUCCGCCAUGGCGUACCAACGAUCGGAACUCACUUCGAUCGAUGCCGUGGCCUCGGCGGUCGGCGCUUUCUACGUUCUUGGUGGGUUUGUCGAGCCCUUGCGCGUCGGGGCCAUUGUCGAGCUGACCCAGUGCAAGGACAUUGGCACAAUUGUAUCGUACCGUGCCCCGUUUGCCCAACUGGUGCUCCACAAGCCGCACAAGGUCCUGCCAUGCCAGACUUACGACGAAUGGGUGGAGGCAGUGCACACCAGGUCGUCGGCGCCGGACGAAUUUGGCAAGACGGUGCGCCUCAACACGGACGAACUGGCCGUGUCAUGGCGCGAGCACCCGUUGAUGUCGGCGUCGUCGUGGGCUCUCUUGCUACAGACGACGGUGGCAUUGCUGCAUGGACCGACAGACAAGGUUGAAACACAUGAAGUUCUCAAACCGUCGGCACCGUCGCUCGGAUUCAUUCAAAGCAGCGCGUUGAAUGCGCUCGUCCAUGGCCUUCGGCAGCAACCGUGGUCUGCCACGAACGCGCCGUCGGGCGUGUGGAACCACCCCGACUUCCUGCCGCGCUUGUUGGCGUUAGCCACUCAAUCGGACAAGUCGACGCAAUUUUGCUCGCUCGGCGAAAUUGAACAGAAAGUGGCCAUGGUGCGGAGGCGGCUGUACGAACUCGAAUCAUCCAAUGCGCCGUGCGUCGCGCUGCCAGAAGGUUCCGGCGACGACGUCACGUGCCAUGACGGGGACCACGAUGGCAGCGACGCGACGGCUCGGAAGGACGCAAUACGUCCUUGCUCGAGUGGUCACGACGAUGACCCGGAUGAGGACGACGAGAACGAAGACGACGACCAGGACGACGACGACGACGAAGACGACGAAGACGAGGGAGAAGAAGCCCGGGCCGAGUUUGUCGAAGAGCUGUCGUUGAUGGGAUUUCCCGAGGAUUGGUGUGUCAUGGCGCUGAAGCACACGGACAACGACAUGAUGUCCGCGUCGGCAUGGAUUGUGGACAACUUGGAGUACUUGAACACGCUGCAGGCAGCCAAGGACAAGGAGGACAACUCCAAGGAAGUGCUAUUCAACGACGAAGAGGACGACUGCGACGACGGGUACGAUGGCAGUGGGGGUGUGUGUGCGCCGGCCACGAUGACCCCGUCGAUGGCGUUGGUUUCCACGGCAGAUGCCAGCCGAACGUGCAUGCCGGCAGCAGAGAGUCUGGUCCCCUGCCUGUUGCCGGGCGAAGAUGGGUCGUGCCCAACGAUCCCCAACACACUGUGGGCCGACGCCGACAUGAAGGAAACGGGACGAAAAGUAUUUGGCGAGACAUACUUUCCAUUUGAAGAAGGCGGCUUCCUCUCCAACAUGUCGUCGCUGUUCCUGACCGUUCGGCUUGGCAACCAACCGACCGCAGGUCCCGGCACCACCGCCGCCACCACGCAGUCAUGUGCCGACGCCUUGCAACAGUUUGCAAUGGAACUUGCCAACGCUACAGACGUCGGCGCGUUGGCAACGUCGCUCGAGCAAUCGUUGCAGGUCCAUUACGCCCGUCAAGCCCUCGCGCUGUACUUUGCGACGUGGCAACGCGCGCACUCCCUCGACGAAUCCACAGAGAGGCUGUUGUUGGUGUAUGCAAAAGCAGUCCUCUUCCGCGGCCAAUCGUUGCCACCUCCGCGGGAAGGCAGCCCGCUGGAAGUCGUGCUGGCGUCGGUGUUGGAUGCCGCGCUGAAUGCCAACAUUCGACGUGUGGGAACGCUCGUGUGGGCCACGAUUGCGUCGGAAUUGCGUCAAGCGUGUGCUUCCAAGUACGAAGGGGUUUUGUGGACACAACGAGAUGUGACAUCGGGGGACGAGUCGGUGUUGUCGGGUCCAUCCGUCGAGUUCGCCGCGUGGCUAGUCCAGUGUUUCUUUGCCCAGGAAGACAGGCUUUGUGCAUUCGUCGCGAGCGUCGACUGUCCGCGUUCGCUUGGCAAGGUCAUCGGACAGCUCGUGCCGUGCCUCGGUCAUUCGAACGUGGCGUUGAAGCUCGUGGCGGUGGAUGCGCUCACGCGACUGCUCCACUGCAGUCGGUACCGUUGCCGACACGCCAUUUCGUCGUCCAUGCUAACCCGAGACGACUUGCAUGGAUUGGAUCGGAACGUGUUGGUCGUCAUCGCGCGGCGGCGCCAGCUCCGCGAACUGUCCCAAAAUCGCUUCUUCUAUUCGCCAUAUUUGCAAGGACUGCUCGAACUCAUUCGGGCGUUGCCGCCCGUGGAAACUCCGACGAUGGCAUGGGGCUUGCAGCUUGUGCGGGCAUCCGAGACGUCCCUCACGUUGGCAUGGCCUAGCCCAGUCCAGCCCGACCAAGGAUUCCACCGCUACGUUCUCGAACAAGCCCCAACACACCCUGACGGCGACGCUGCUCCGCGUGUUGUGUACAGCGGGGUUGACCAUCAAUGCACGUUGUCCAACCUCACGCCCCGCACGUCCUUUACGUACACCCUGCGGGGGGAGAACCGCAGGGACGAUGCCGACGGCGUGAACCACACAACUUCCGGGACGUUUACGACAAAGGCGACGACCGACGGUUCAAGUCCGGCCUCGACGAGCCCGUUUGUUUGGGACAAAAAGAAGUGCCGAAGCGGUUCGCUUGCGUUUUCGGACGACAGCCACAGCGUGAGCUUCAACGGGAACGAGGCGUGGCGCAUGGUCCUCGGCACAGAAUGCUUUGUCGUCGGUCGGCAUUCGUGGCAAGUCAAGGUCGAAAAGUCGAGCAGCGCGUACUUGUUUUUGGGCGUGGCAACUCGCCGGGCCAACCUCGAGUCGUUCCUGGGAGCGGACGAACACAGUUGGGGCUUCAUCGGGGACGGGGCGCUGUACUACCAGCGCAACCGCGUCAAAACGUACGGCGAACCGUUUGGCGAAGGCGACGUGUUGGCGUUGGACCUCGAUUGCGACCUGGGGACGCUCAGUUACUCGAAGAACGGCGUGCCCCUCGGCGUAGCAUUCGACAACGUUGUCGGCGAGCUGUAUCCCGCGAUUGCGUUUUACACGCGCCAUCAAAAACUGUGCCUUGUUCCGUCAGGGUACAGCUGCACCGUGGGGCUCAAGCUACAAGGGUCUCCGACCGAGUCGACGGUCGACGAGUACUUGGACUGCUGUGCCGUCAUGGAAGCCAUGACGUCGAGCACCAAGCUCCCCCGACGACUCCUCGUCCGUGCGUACGACGGGUACGUGUUGUGGCGGCGUGAAACGCGGUGCCGCGUCAUGACUCGCGCUGGGUACGAACUGUUGUUUGAUGUGUCCGAUGCCACGUGCGUUCCGUUGGGGUUCAAGGCAAAGGACAAAGUCAAGACGCCGAGGGGCAAUGGCACGGUGGUGGGGGUCGCGGACGGACGUCUGUGGGUAGAAACCGACGGCGAGAGCGGCGCGGCCUGGUUCUUUCAUCCGUCCAAAGUCAGGUUGCGAGGGGGGGUAGGCUCUGCCUCGAUCACGCCCCCCGCAGCCCCCAUGCUUGACCCGUCCAUGCCGGAUCAUUCCCUUUCGCUCGACGACUUUGCCCGCCUCGUCGACUGCGACCAGUGGACCCUGUCGCAAGAUGCGAAACUCAUUCAUGUCCUCAACGUCGAAUGCGCAUCGUCCCGCACGAGUCCGUGGAACAUCAGUCAUGCCAAAGUCCGCGAGUUGGUCGCGGCGUGGCCAAACGUCGACGCCGCCGUCGGCCGCGUCGGCGUUCUCAAAAUGUUCAACCAUGUCGUGAGUCGGACCAUGCCAUUUUUUGACCUCACGUGGCACUAUUUCAACCCGAAACGAGGGCUGGGCAGCGGCAGCGCGCCGGCCCUGCUGUCGGCGACACGGGCUUGCCUCUUUACGGCAUUCAAAUACAGCGUCCUCGACACACUGCUCGAGAAGACGCUGACGCAUCCCAAGAAGGCCGACGACGACUACGACUAUCCAGAAGACUUGCCGCAGCUCAUGGUGAAUCGGCCAAAGGCGGCAGUCGCCCGGUUCAAGGUCGAUCUGGACACGGUCGUGAGCCAGAGCCUGUUUGGCCAAGCCUUUGACGAGCUUCAUUUCUUGGACAACAAAGUGCUUCGCAUGGUGUACUCGCAUCCGAUGGACGAUGGCCAGCUGCGAACGUUCAAGGUCAAGUUUGAGGGCGAGGGCGCCGACGACUAUGGAGGUCCGUACCGCGAAUUCUUUGCCCAGUUCGUGUCCGAGGUGCAGUGCCUCAAGCAAGAUGCGAUGGAGUGCAUGUUGCCGUUCCUGAUGCCGAGUCCCAACUGGCGCAACGGGCUCGGGUCGCAUCGGGAAAAGUUUGUGUUGAAUCCGACGCUGGUCGUACGAGAUUCCAAGUGGAACCAAGGCGCGGCGCACAACCCGGUCGACAACACAGCGCUGUUUCUCGAGAUGUAUCACUUUCUCGGUCAAAUGCUGGGGAUCAUGCUCCGGACGCGCGUGUUGGUCCGCUUGGAUUUGUCCACCGCGAUCUGGAAGCAGUUGGUUGGCGUGCCGCUGGACGCGUCCGACUUGGCCGAAAUCGACACGGCCGCGUUCACGUUGCUCCAGCAACUGAAGCAACUCGACCCGACGACCGCCGCCGACACGUUGGCAGGUCUCGACUUGACGUUUACGACCCACUUGUCGGACGGGACGUUGGUGCCGGUCAAACCGGACGGCCAUGGCAUGCCCGUCACGGCGGACAACGUCCGAGAAUACGUCGACCUGGUCCUCCACACGAGGCUGUACGAAAGCGCGUCGGCCAUCGACGCGAUCAAGCAAGGGCUGUGCACGAUCGUGCCAUCGAACGCCGUGGCACUGUUUACCCCCGUCGAGCUCGAGACGCGCCUGUGCGGUCGAGCCGACGUCGACGUGGGUCUGCUCCAAGCCAACACCGAGUACGACGAAGACUUGAGUGCCGACGAUCCGUACGUCCAGCGGUUCUGGCGCGUGCUCGUGGGGAUGUCGCAAGAGGAUCGAUGUGCGUUCCUGCGCUUUGUGUCGGCGCGGUCGCGGCUCCCCCAGGACCAACCAUCGUUUGGGCAAAAGUUCAAGAUCCAGUCCGCGUCCGGCGAAGGCAUGACGCACAACCCCGACGACUCGCUGCCCAAGUCGCACACGUGCUUCUUCGCCCUCCUCCUGCCCAAAUACUCGUCGGACGACGUGUGCCGGAAACAGUUUUUGUACGCCAUUCACAAUUGUUUGGAAAUGGACGGCGACUUCCGCCUCGCCGACACGGAAAUGACCGGGUGGAGCGACAUCCACCCGAACGACGCCCUGCGCAUCUAGUUGUGUCAUCUAAGCCAUCGAAAGACUUGUUUGUCGAGCACACACGACUGUUUAGCCCGCCCGCCCC